CCGGCAGUCUGCCGCCCGCCGCGACCGCGUAUCGACAGAUAGUCGGCUUUCUCCCGCAUCGUCGCGUGACACAGCCUCUCUUUCGCUCAGUUAACAGCGCGUGAGAGAGACAGCGGUCGGAGGUUAAGUAGUAACAGUCGUCCGACCAAACUCGUCCGCUUCCACUCGAGCGAAGCGUCCCUGCGUCGGUACAGUUCUAUAUGUACGUUCGCUGCGGCGUCGAGUGCGCGAGGCUCUCUAUAUAACACACACACACACACACACACACACACACACACAUCGAAGAGUGCGAGAGGGAGAGAGACAGAGACGCGGCGCCGGAACAUGGCUGCCAGCAGCAGAAGCCGAUGAUGCAGCCGCUACGCUGCGGCGCCGGGGACAUGAGUGCGUCGUCGUGCGACGAUACUAGCAGUACUCGCGAGUACCGCUAACCCCUCCAAAGACGACAAGUGACACGCACACACAGACAGGCGCGCAGUCGCGCUCGUCAUCAUGAAGGGCGUGGACGCGCGGCUGGCGCUGCUGAUAGUGCUGCGGCUGACGGUGUGGGUGGGCCGAGUGGGUCCGAAGCCCGUCGGGGGUGAAUCGGCGAUUGGGCCGAUCGCCUCGAGCCGUGAGCGCAUGGAGAAGGUGCGCCAGGUGCUGAGCGAGGUGCCGCUCAUCGACGGUCACAACGACCUGCCCUGGAACAUACGGAACUUCGUGCACAAUCAGCUGGCCGAGUUCGAGUUCGAUACCGAUCUCAGGCAGGUCGUGCCCUGGAGCAAGAGCGCAUGGAGCCAGACCGAUCUGCCGAGGCUCAGGCAGGGGAUGGUUGGAGGACAGUUUUGGGCGGCGUACGUGCCCUGCGAGUCGCAGCACCUCAACGCGGUGCAGAUGACUCUGGAGCAGGUGGAUCUAAUCAAGAGGCUCAUAGAAAAGUACUCGCAGCACAUGCAGUUCGCCACGUCCUCCAGAGAGAUUCUGGAGGCGCACGACAAGGGCAGGAUAGCAUCGCUGAUUGGAGUGGAGGGCGGCCACAGUCUGGGCAGUAGUCUCGCGGUGCUGCGCACCCUGUACCAGCUGGGCGUACGCUACCUCACGCUCACCCACACCUGCAAUACGCCCUGGGCCAAAAGCUCCAACGUCGAGCAGAACGACGAGCAAGGCGGCGGUCUGACAACGUUCGGCAAGGCGGUGAUAAGGGAGAUGAACCGACUGGGUAUGCUGAUCGAUCUGAGCCACACGGCGCGGAGGACGAUGAGGGACGCGCUGAGGACGAGCAAGGCUCCCCUCAUAUUCUCCCACUCGUCGGCCUUCGCAAUCUGCAACUCCUCGAGAAACGUGCCGGACGACAUACUCCGAGAGCUGGCCUCGAACGGCGGACUGGUAAUGAUCACGUUUUACAACUACUUCGUCAAGUGCGGCGAGCAGGCGACCGUUGCAGACGUAGCGGCGCACAUUUAUCACAUUAGGAAUUUAAUUGGAGUGGACCACGUCGGCGUCGGCGGCGACUUCGAUGGCAUUAACAAGACACCGCGAGGCCUCGAGGACGUCUCCAAGUACCCGGAAUUGUUCGCCGAACUUCUGCGCAGCGACAAGUGGAACGUACUCGAUCUGAAAAAGGUCGCCGGCCUCAAUCUGCUCAGGGUCCUCCGACAGGUGGAGCGAGUUCGGGACGAUAUGAGGACCGCCGGUGUGAUGCCGUCCGAGGAGGUGCUCGACUCGCCCGACACGACCGGCAGCUGCUCCCUCGACAUAAACUCGGUGCAGCGGGCCAUCGAGGUGUAGAAAAGAGACACGUGUACACACAGAGCCCCCGGAAGUGGAGGAGGAGCAGCAGCCGUUUUACGGGCUGGUUCUCUCUAUCUACCCCCACCCACCCACGCGUAUACAUAUACAUAUACAUAAUAUGUAGUGGAUGUUUCUUUUCUCGGACUCCACUCUCACGCUCUAUACUACUGUCUGCGUGUCUUGUCUUUCUUGCCGCGAUGAAAGAUAGAAGCUCCUGCAGAGGAUCACGGUUUCUUUUCGCUCCGACGGUUCUCCAUCGAACUGUGUACAAUUAAGCUCGCCGGGCAUAUAUGUGUGUAUGAGAGAGAGAGAGAGAGAGAGAGUUUACAAUUUUUUUAUUAUUUUUUAGUGAGAAAGUUUAACACUGUAAUUGAAUCGAACUUUGCGCCCCAUGAAUAUUUAUAAUCGAAUACACGAAGCGAGAGAUGUGGGAAAGUUCGGCGAAAAGUGAAUGGCUAAUGCAAUAGCGCCGCUGCUGCUGAAAAUCUAUACAGGUAUACACUGCACAUACAGCUUUUUUAUUUUUAACUAACGCCGCUCUCUGCGGCUGGUAUAGUUUGUAUACACAUCCGCUCGCAAAAAAAAUUGCGUUUCGUGUUUUGAUGCGCUGUUUCUCCUGCUAUAUUUGGAUUAACUAAAAACGUUACAAAAUUCCGGCACGCGAAAAAAAAGCGAGCGCAGCGCGCAAAAUCCCUUAUUAUUUUUUUUUUAUUUUUUAACGAAAAAUUUUUAAUUGGAUCCAAAACAAGCUGCGUCGCGCAUUUACGUAUAUACUCGCGGAAACGAAAACACAGGAAUGCGCGUAAUACGAAAAAAAAAGCGAAAACUAAUAACGCAGCCUUGUGUACGGUAGAUACAGACAUGCAUAUAGCCGCGAAAUCUCGGCGCGCAUUCCGCUCAUAACUCCGAGCACUGCAGCCAACGACGAUCGAUCGUCCGAAUUUCCAAUUCAACGUCAACCCCCUAUAGUCAAGCAGCCGUAGGUACACGUAUAUGUAUACAUCUCGGAGCUUUCUCUCUCACUCUAUAUCUAUAUAUACAUCGAAGCCGCAACUUUGCGCACUCGCGUCCAUAACGAAUGUAUCGCGUUCGAUUUUCGGUUGAAUUAUAGGGUUUUCGACUUGAGAGGGACCUCCGCGCACACACGUACUAUGUGCGCGCAUUCCGAAAUCGACUAAGAGAGAGAGAGAGAGAGAGAGAGAGAGGGAGAGCAAACUCUCGCGAGCGGCGCAUGAAUAACUGCAAGCCUCGAUUUUGACUCGGAACUAUUAGCCCCCGGGCGACGAUGUAUAUGCGGCGCACCAUUCACUGUGCGACUCCCGCGCAGUAGGUCUAUAUACUGUACUACAGAGGAGAGUGGAGAUUCGUGUAUGUGUGUAACGCAUCGUCGAAUUAGCCGAGAACGUCGAUGCGGCCCGAGAUAUUACGGGCGGGAAAGUCGUGCGAUAUAUGAGUUAUAGCGAGCUUUUACGCGCUCUCGCGACGUUCGUUAACUUAUACAAUACUUUCGAAGACAAAUCAUCGCUUUUAUAUGUACAAAUUUUGGAUUUUUAUCAAGAGCCGCAAUGAAAAAAAGCACGUUCCAAUACCGCACGACUUCACCCCCUCCGCGCGAUUUAUGUACGCCGUGCACGUGACUGCUAUUUUUUUCUCUUCUUUUCAUAUUUUCCGGCGGAAUUGUUUGCGGAACGUGCUGUAAUUUCUUUGCGCUUGCGUUUACGAAUAUCGUCGAAGUUGCGAAUUCGAAUUCUUUCAACGGGAUAACCGCGAGCUAAUCGAAACGGCAAUCGAAAACGGAAAUUUCGCGUUCCGAACAAUCGGCUUCUCGAUUAGCUGCGAUCGAUUGGGCAUAGCCGCGCGAAACGCUUUAAUUUCGUGUCUCCGCUACAGACGCUGUUUUACACUGUGGAUAUAAUCAUAUUGGAGGUUUCCGCGAAGUCGAUUCGAUUUAUUCGCAGAAUUAAUUUUUGUAGACGCAGAAGACACAGCGUCAGGACAAUGCGUUUUUUAUAACGACGUACACACGUAUAUACGGAGAGGAAGGAAAAGAAAUUAUUUAUUGACGACGUUUAUUGUUUUUUGGUAUGUGCAUUCUAUAACCGCGUUUGUAUAUCUAUAUACCUAUUUACACACAGAGCACAGAGAGAAACGAAACGAAGAACAAAACGGAAGGAACGCGAUUAAAAGCGCUAAAAUAAAGGGCGACGAAUCCGGUCUUUUGUAACAUAACAAUUGCCGUUAUAUACAUAUAUACAUACAUUAUGGAAGUAUAUUAUAAUACUCUUAUUGCGUACAUUGUUUGAGUACACACUAGCUGUACAAGAAGUAUUAUUAUGACUCUAACGCACGUGUAAAAAUGUAAAUAUAACGUUUUUAAAAUUAAAAUAUUUAAUAGAAGAAAAAAUGACUCGAAGUAUAUGAUAACACUGUAUUAAAGUAUCGAAGUACGUUUUAAAAUUAUAUACAAGAGAAGUUAUCAAGGUAUGAUAGGCACGUAUGUUACUCGUUUUUUUUUCGUGUACAGUACGCAGCCCGCAAAGCUUUUGAUUUGGCAAUAACAAACCGACGUCUAUUUUGAUUGCGCACUGAUUUCCCCAUUCGCAGCUUUGUAAAAAAAGGCAAACCUCAAAAGCAGUAGAAGCCAAAGCAAAAAAAAAAAAAUCCUCCGCAACAACCGCGAAAUAAUCGAAAGUAAUCCCCGAAAUCCAAUCAAGCGGGACGUCGUCCAUACGAAAAAAAAUCAUCGUCAUUCGCAAUCCUACAAAAGACCGAAUCAUAGCGUUCUCUUCCCCCGAUGUAUGAAUUUAUGGCUGCGAGGGAAGACGACGGGCUGAGUUUCUCUCUCUCUCUCUCUCUUUCUCUUAUACCCCGCAAAAUCGAUAGACACGAGUGGAGAGUUCCGGGGGCGAAAUUCACGUCUUGAGGGGAGUGAGAGAGAAUCGGAGAAAGAGAGAAACAGCGAGAGAAGGAGAGAGAGAGAGAGUCGAAAAAUCGGAGGGAUGAAAUCCGGCGCGUGCAAGAGGGAGAGAAGAAGAGACGCGGAGCCGCUGCUAUGUCGCUGAUAAUGGAAGGCGUUAUGGAGGAUGUCAUAUAUCAUGCGCUGCCCUUUUUUGAGCCGAGCUCUGAGCGAUGGGCUCGCCCCGCUUUGAGAUGUGAGAGUUAAAGUGUGAAUUUUGUUUUUCGAGCUGUCGGCCGGAAAAUUUAUUUCGCUUAGAUAAAUCGUGCGGUUUUCUCGCAACAAUUUAUGUCUUAUUCCCGUCAGUGACAAUCCUCAUUUUACUUUUGUGAAAAGUGCUUGUUGAAAAAUACGUUUAAAAUUAGCGCUCAAGUCCAGUUUAAAACAAUUUUUCAGCUCCGCUAUUCUUUUUCGGAAAUUAAAAAUAUAUCCCUUGUUAAGCGGAGAAUAAAUUGAAAUCCUAAGUAAAUCUCAGUCAAAGUUAAGUGAGAUGGGUACGCGCGAACGUCUGUAUAAUGUGUAAGUAGCUAUAGGCGAGUAGAUACGUAUACCGGGUUGGGUAAGCCGCGUCUUGCCAGACACGGCGCGUAUCUACUUACACGUGUAUAGAUAUUCCAUCCGUCUGGCAAGCUUUAACAGAGCUUCACUUUACUGCGCGUGUAUAUAUACUAUUGAGCUCGGGUUAGAGAAUUGAAUUUAAUUCUAAAGUUAGUCUACGAUUAUUGAACAUAGUUUCGUUUUGCUUGAACAACUUGGUUUUCAUCGUUCCGAAUCGACUCUUUCUCCGAUGAAAGGUGUACCUGGUUACAAGCGAUUUACAUACUUUGCAUAUUAAUAUAACAACAGUGAACGAUUAACAUUGGCAGAUUCUGUUGUUUGGGAACAAUGGUUUCGAAUACUAAUGUUGUUGUAUAUAGCUGAUAAACGCUGAUCAAUUGAAUUGGGUGAAACCAGAUAAUUUAUGAUCGUGUUACCUUUACAUACAAGUAUAGUACAGCGAUGUAAAUCAUAUACAAAAGCAUCCCUUCUAACCAGGUUAUACAAUGAGAGAAAAAUUGCAGGAUCGCAGAAUGAAAAGCCGAAAUGCCAAAAGUAUAUAACAAAACUAUAGACAUGUACACACCAAUGUAGAAAAGCUCAGCGCUACGCACACUUUGUCGAACGAACCCUGUAUAUAUACUAUACAUAGAUAAAAAAAGAAAGGAAGAAAGAAAUAAAGAAAGAAAGAAAGAAAGCUCCUCGAAGAAAGUAUGAAUAAAUUAGUUCUCCUUUUGCGCGAGACGAGCGCUCGCUCCCCUGAGCGGCUCGGCCUUGUUCAUUUUUAAGGGAAACUGUUUUCUAAGAAGAUAAUCCCGCCUUUUGUAAAAAGAGCGGCUCUCAGGAUCCGGGAGUAGCUUUUUAACUGCGCGCACCCGGUCGUCCGAACGAAGUUUUCGGAUCCAACGAAAGAAGAAGAGCCGAGGGAGGAGAUAUAUAGAUAGAGUAGAGUGAAGGAAGAAUACAGAAGCAGGUCUGGCCGAGCUAAUUACCCGGUCAAUUAUCGAAUCCGCAUGACGUGCUUUUGAGCAAUUAACAAGCGACUAUACGUAUAGGCUUCCUUCUCCCUCGCGGCUCGUUAGCAUCCGCCGUUAGAUUUGAGAGAGGGUGUGUUGUUUUCUGGCUGAUGCGGACGACGAGAAUCGAUCGGGAGACUUUUUGAAGCGCAUGUGUGUGUGAGUGUAAUGUGCCGAGAGAAUGAUUCCGUCUUCCGUCGGUGUUCCUUCGACAGACUGAUGAUUGCUGCGGCUGUAUUUAUGCACUCGCUGAUGGAAAACGCUGUUGUAUUCUGUCCAGACCGUCGCUCAUGUUGUCCGAGAGUACGAUAUAUUGUUUAUCUGGAAAUAGAGAGAAACGUUAAUUCUUAUAUAAAGCAUAAGUUACACCUUUGUGAUCUUAUUAUAGAUUAAGGUAGCGAGAUGCGUUGAUUAUUUCCUUGUGAUAUGUAAGUAUAAGACGAGUGUGUCGUUGAAGCACAAAAGUAUCGUUAAUUCACAUUAUCCCGUCUAAUUUGUCUGCAGCAGAGUAACGUUUUCCGGAUAGUCGCGCUUACGUUGUGUGGAUAUAUGAGAAUCGUGUCUGUCGAACCUAUUCACAAAGUUCAAUGAUGUAACGAUGAUUUUAUAAAACGAAAAAAAGUGCGUAACAAUCAAAUUCCAAGUUUUUCGAACGAAGUUCUACACCUUUACUUUGCGAACGCGAAUACGAUAUAAGUAACGAUCACGAAAUUUAAAAGUAAAAAUAUAAACUGUUUUUAAAACAAUGAAAGUGCGGAACAUCGGUAUCAUCGUGUAUCCUCGUGCAAGAAGUGUAUUAUUAUUCUAUAUAUAUAUACAUAAUGUACCUACGAAGAGAACUGAGCUAUAUUAAGUAUACUAUAACUCGAAUGUCUUCCUUCCUUCGGCGUCAAAGAGAUUUUUAUCGCAUCUCCAAAAAACGAAAAACUCAACUAAAAAAAAGUAAAAACAAACAUUCGACUAUUGCAUGUACACGAAUAUAUAGAUAGCGGUGUGUUGGACCUGAUCGUGUGAAAAUGCGAUAGCCUGUGAUUUUGUCAGAAAAAGCUGCGUAAAUAUGCGCGACAGAUGCGGCAGUGGAUAAUUGAACGAAUAUGUAAACAAAAAAACUGCGUGUUAGGAGAAUUUCGUGAGUCUUUGAAAAAGAUCUAGCGUUGAAUGUCUUUAUCGAUUUGUACCUGAAGUGCUUCGAAAAAUAAUUGAUCUAUAGAUUAAUCUGUACAGUUGGUUUAUCGUCUUACAAAUUUAUAGAAUAGUUAUAUAUAUAUAUAGAGUCCAUCGUUUCGAUCGUGCAUUAUAACGAUGAAAGUACGAAAGUUUAUAUUAGAAUAUAUACAAAUAAAUUCAUUCGCGAGUCGGACAUGAGAAGUCGAAAAACUUUUCGUCGCACUUCAGCAGCAAGAAUAUCUGUGUGUCUCUACACUGUCAUCGCUCUGUUACUCAUAUAUUACAUUAAUCUCUUAGCUCCGAAUGCGCUCUCGGAAAAACAAUUUCAAUUUCCAAAAUAUCCCAGCGAUACUGGGCCGAGGACGGCGACGACGACGAUAACAAUUGUACAUAAUAAUACGCGCAUGUAUGAACGCAAACUGACAAGUCCUCGCCGCAACAUCGCAGUCCGAAUUUCCAAGAGCGGAAUUCCCUCUGAUUUCCAGCGGAACCUCACCGCAACCACCUGUUUGUGUCUUGUGUGCACUUGAGAGCGAGAGAAGCCAGAUCCGCGGUUCGCGCGAGUAUAAGAGAAAAAAAACGGAGAAAGAACGCGAACCGCGAAUCGAGCGGGCGGACGUAGGUACGUAUCUUAUACAUGACUUUUUAGGCGCGCGAAAGAAGCGACAGAGGCGAGGGAACGAUUAAGCGAAUGACAAAUUCUAUGAUAUCAAAGUUCCAUUGUACCUUGGAUAUGGACUCACCAAAAUAAAUGUUUCUAUUGCA